ACGACAUGACUGCGGUCAGCAUGUGAACCUGUGUCCGCUGGAGGUAUCAGAGAGAGGCGGCUUGUUUUGAUGGGCCCUUAGCAAAUCAGAUUCUCCACAUACUAUGAAGACCAAUGACCAUUUCGACUCAUUGCAAAACACAAAACAGGUAUAUGACCCAGCCUCGCAAACAAAACCCUCUGCUCCUGCCAAAACCAUCUAAACUCCUUGAGCAGCAGUGACAGUUCAGUUACAGUCAUGGCCAAUAUCUCAAAUCAGAAUGUCGAGUUUGUGAGGACCAGCUAUGGGAAGAACGCAGUGAAGGUUUUUCACAUUCGCCGUGAAGGGACUCAUCAUCAUAUCACUGAGCUGGUGGCAGACGUUCAGUUAACACUAAAGAGCCGCAAAGAUUACCUGACUGGAGACAACUCCGACAUCAUCCCCACCGACACUAUUAAAAACACUGUCCACGCUCUUGCUAAACUAAAGGGAAUUAAGACCAUUGAGGGCUUUGCCCUGGAUAUCUGUGAACACUUCCUCACAUCGUUCACGCAUGUCACAAGAGUGAAGGUGAACAUUGAUGAAGUUCCCUGGAAAAGACUGGAAAAGAAUGGAAACGAGCACACACAUGCUUUCAUCAACUGCCCCGAGGCCUUGCACUUCUGUGAGGUCGAACAACAUCUCAACAUGACUCCAGUGGUUCACAGUGGUCUGAGAGAUAUGAAGGUACUGAAGACCACUCAGUCUGGUUUCGAGGGUUUCUUUCGAGACCGCUUCACCACUCUCACAGAUGCCAAGGACCGAUUCUUCUGCACUUCUAUUUAUGCAAAGUGGCGCUACAACACCGUCAAUGUGGCAUUUGACGUUGCAUGGAAAACUGUAAGGGACACCAUCGUUCAGAAGUUUGCUGGACCGUAUGAACAUGGAGAAUACUCUCCAUCUGUACAGAAGACUCUGUAUGAAACACAACUCCUGGUGCUCGACAGAAUACCAGAGGUGGAAGAAAUCGAGCUAGUAAUGCCAAACCAGCAUUAUUUCAUAAUUGACAUGACAAAAUUGGGACUUUCGAAUAGGGAUGAGGUUUAUCUUCCUCUUGAUAAUCCAUCAGGAAUCAUCACAGGAACCGUGUGCAGAAAGCCACGAGCCAAACUCUGAAUAUAGAUCGAAAACCGUUACACACUAAAGAUCUUACUUCAGUGAAAUUUUCUCAUAAAAAAUAAACGUUUUAGAUAAUCUAUGCCAAAAAGAAAAAUACACGGAAUGUAUUAAAAGUACUGGAUCAAUCACUGAAAUUCUGAUCUCAGCUGUCAAAGUGAUCUUUAGUGUUUGCCGAUGAUUAAGGACAUCAGCAGGAACAGAGCUGGAAACCACAGCACUGCAGGUCAUUAUGUGAAAUAUGGAAGUAAUGUGGCCAGAUGUCUAAAACUCAGGCUACUCAAAAAUAUAAUUGAAAUAACACUAAAUAAUAUUAUUUAAAAUUAUAGCACAGAUAAUAAGGGCUAACACACACACACAUACACACACACACACAUGCAGGCCAGAGGAAACCCAAAGCAACACAGAGAGAACUUGCAAACGCAACACAAAAAGACCCUUCAAGGCAUGUUUCAUGUGAAAAUGAAAUGCUACAAAUAGUCAUUCAAAUACAUCAAAAGUUAAAAAAAACUAUCUUUAAAGAUGUGCAAAUGGAAAAUCCAUGUUUAAAAAUUCAAAGUUUGACAAGAAUAAAACUUGAUACAACAGCUGAGCAAUAAACAGGGAAAAUGAGCAUAAGAAACAUGUAAUAAUUGACUUUUACCUAUUAAUUUGUUUUAUAUCGCAUACCUUUAAUUUAUGUACACUUUAUAAAAACUUACAUUUUAGGGCAAGGUUUUGAAAGGAGAGAUGCCAUCAUUCCCGCUGGGGUUAUUUCUAGAAUAAAAUUCAUCAUUUAGUCUUCCAACAAUCCCAUAGUGCACAUAAAAGUGAAACUGUAAUAAAGCAAUGAGACAGUCAUUUUCAGCAA